AUGCCGAUGAUGUUGGCGUCUGUGCCAUCGUCAGCCACACCGACCAUCUCCUAUCAGAUCAAGGACAAAAAUGCGUCUGCCGGUGAAGCUAUCUGUGCCGUUUGUGGCGAUGGACAUGCAAAACUUCACUACGGCGUGCUGGCGUGUUACGGAUGCAAAGGAUUCUUUCGUCGAACAUUGACUGGCAAAUACCGCUACGCUUGCCGCUUUGGGAACAAUUGUGUCGUCGAUAAGUGUACGUUUGUUGCUCACUUCAACGAAACAGUUGCCGUUACUGCCGUUUCAAUCGAUGUAUCGAAGUUGGAAUGGAUCCAAAAGGCUGUGCGCCCGGACCGAGAUCUGACGGGAAAGCAAAAAGUGCCUCGAAUAAGGAAAAAACCGAUCGAUGAGGAACUGUUAAGUCAUGUGCUUCGACUUCACGGAGACGAUUGGUCAAGAAAGCUGAACAAUGACACGCGAAUAUUGCUAUUGCAGCUGAUGAACAUCGAGGCCAAGGUAGUAAAAGGUGACAAUAAUAUGUCGAACGCCUCUAACCAACAAACGAGAGAUCCACGUAAUAUUUCGCUGAAGGAAAUGUUCGAGCAAAAGCCGUCUAUGGAUGGGAGACGUACU